GAUACAACUACACCUUCUCCAAGUAACACAACAGUUAAAAACAUAACAACAACCAGGUCAAUUACAUCUCUCUCAAAUAACACAACAAACUACACUGUAACUACAACAAAUGCUGUUAUACCUUCUCCAAGUAACACAACAGUUAACAAUAUAACAACAACCAGACCAGUUACAUCUCUUCCAAAUAACACAACAAACUACACUGUAACUACAACCGAUGCAGUUACACCUUCUCCAAGUAUCACAACAGUUAACAACAUUACAACAACCAGGCCAGUUACAUCUAUUUCAAAUAACCCAACAAACUACACUGUAAGUGCAACAGAUACAACAAUACACUCUCCAAGUAACACAACAGUUAACAACAUUUCUACAACCAGACCAGUUACAUCUUUUCCAAACAACACAACAAACUACACUGUUACUACCACACAUGCAACUACACCUUCUCCAAGUAACUCAACAGUUAACAACACAACAACAACCAGGUCAGUUACAUCUAUUCCAAAUAACACAACAAACUACGCUUUAACGACCACAGAUGCAACUACACCUUCUCCAAGUAACAAAACAGUUAACAACACAACAACAUUAAGACCAGUUACAUCUUCCCCAAAAAACACAACAAACUACACUGUAACUCCUACAGAUGCAAUCACACCUUUUCUAAGUAACACAACAGUUUACAACACAACAGCAUUGAGACCAGUUACUUCUACCCCAAGUAACACAACAAACUACAAUGUAACUUCACCUAAAAAUAACACAACAGCCUCUAACAUUUACACAACAAUUAACACAACAGCUUCUAUAAAUCAGACUACAGAAUACAAUCUAACUACAACAAACAACAAUCACACAACAGCCUCUAACAUCUACACAACAAAUAACCCAACAGCUUCUAUAAAUCAGACUAAAGAGUACAAUCUAACUACACCCACCAACAAUCUCACAACAGCCUUUAACAACUACACAUCAGACUUUCACAAUAACACAACAGAGUUUAGUGUAACUACAGCAGCCAACAAUAACACAACAGGAUACAAUGUAACUUCAGCUGAGAACAGGAAUGUUAACAAUGGCACAAUAACAAGAAAUACAACAGCAGCCAACAAUUACACAACAGAGUACAAUGGAACUGCAGCCACCCACAAUUACACAACUGCAUCUACCAUCCACACAACAAAUAACCCAACAGCUUCUAACAAUACCACUACAGAAUACAAUGUAACUACACCCACCAACAAUUACACAACAAAUAAAACAACAGAUGUCAUUGUAACUACAGCCUCCAAAAAUUACACAACAGCCUCUAACAAUUACACAACCAACUCCAGUGUAACUACAGUCACCAACAAUUACACAACAAGUAAUACAACAGAGUAUAAUGUAACUACAGCAGCCAACAAUUACACAAUAGGAUCCAAUGUAACUACAGCUGGGAACAGGAGUUUAAAUAAUGGCACAAUCACAAAAAGCAAUACAACAAUACACACAACAGAGUACAAUGUAACAACAGCAUCCAACAAUUACACAACAGCAUCUAAGAAUUACACAACAAAUUACACCACAGCCUCUUCGAAUUACACAACAGUGUAUAAUGUAACUGCAGCCACCCACAAUUACACAACAGCCUCCAACAAUCACACAACAGCCUCUUAUAAUUACACAGCAGAAUUUAAUGCAACUACUGUCUCGAACAACUACACAGCAAUAGAGAAUAUUAUAACUACUACUGUUUCUUUGAAUGUAACAGUUGCACCCAUCACGGAAACACCACAGAACACAACUGUGACUCACACGACUUCUCAAGUUAACACAGCUCUAAACAAUGCAACAACGACAACAAACUUGACUGUGGACAACACAACUUCUGUUGUGAACAACAGCAUUACAACCACUGCAUCUCCGCUGGACAACCAAACCACAAAUCACACCACAUCGAGUGUGACCCACAGCAUCACAUCAUCUGCAAAUAACUCCACAAACUCCACGACAACUGCCAACAGCAUUGAUCCCACUGUCACCAACAACACUACUUCAACAACAAGCUACAACCAGAACUCAACUACCAGCAGUUUAACGACCGCUCUCAACCAAACCACAAAAAGUACAACUACAACAACGACUAAUAAUUCUACAGCUACUACUACUGCUACAACUACCAACGAUACUGCUGCUACACCUGGCCCACAUCCGGCACUGCCCAACACCACAACUGCUUUGGUUCCCUCAACAACCACAACAACUCUCCCAACUACCGUCGUCAUCAGCACAACCGAAGCACCGACUGGUUCAGCGCCGACUUCCACAGCUGCCUCAGGAACAACGAUGAGCCAAGAGGCCAAAGAGGAGCUGGCGAACAGGAUGCUGAACCAAACUCAGGAUGCGUCGCAGCUCGACUCCUCUCAGGUGGAGCAGAUAGCGGAGCAGCUGGAGAGGCUGCUGGACGGCCCCACUGUCUCUAGGUCUGUGGGACAAAAAGUCAUCAACAUCAUCAGCAACUUGAUGGAGGCCGACGCUGAGGCCCUCUCCGCGACAGCUAAUAGGCUGAUUCGAGUCGUGGACACCGUGGGUCUGAAGCUGGCCGUCAGCGGCGACCGAGGGAUCCUCUCGGCACAGUCCCUGGUUCUAGCCGUCAGGACGGUGGAUGGAACCAACUUCCCGACGACAUCUGUCGACAUCUUCAACACGGAUAAUGUCCAGCUUCGUGCUCUCAGCAGGACCAGGUCCAAGAGGUCGGCUCCUGCUCUGGGCUCAGUUUUCCUGCCCUCCACCCUGACUGCAGGUCUCAGUCCUGAGCAGCAGCAGCAGGCUAGCAGGGUCCAGUUCACUUUCUACACCAAAAACGCCUUUUUCCAGGACCCAUCAUUAGAGAACACAACUGUCGUCAGUACAGUUCUGGGCUCCAGUGUUGCCAAUUUGUCAAUAAGCAACUUGAGUGAGGACAUUCGCUUCACCAUCCAAAACACCAACCCUGCACCCGGAAACUUUGUGGCUUCCUGUGUAUUUUGGGACUUCACUCAGAAUGGUGGUGAUGGAGGCUGGAGCUCUGACGGCUGCUUUGUUGUCAACGCCACGUCGGAAAAAACGAUUUGCAGCUGCAAUCAUCUCACGUCAUUUGCAAUUCUCCUGGAUUUGCCCAGAGAAGGAAUAAUCGAUCGUGAGCACGCACAAAUCCUAACUUUCAUCACCUACAUCGGCUGUGGAGUCUCUGCUAUUUUUCUUGCCGUCACUUUACUGACGUACCUUUCAUUUGAGAAACUGAUGCGAGACAUACCGGCCAAGAUCCUGGUGCAGCUGUCCUUUUCCCUGCUCUUCCUCAACCUGGUGUUCUUACUGGACGGCUGGCUGGCGCUCUACCCGGCAGUCGGGCUGUGUAUCAGCACCGCCUUCUUCCUGCACUACUUUCUGCUGACCACAUUCACCUGGGCCGGGCUGGAGGCGCUGCACAUGUACCUGAGCAUCGUCAAAGUGUUCACGCCUUACCUGAGCAAAUACAUGCUCAAGUUCUCCCUGAUAGGCUGGGGUGUUCCUCUCAUCCCGGUGAUCAUCAUAAUAGCAGUAGACAAAGAUAACUACGGUAUAGUGACAUACGGAAAAUACACAGAUGGCACAACAGACGACUUCUGUUGGCUGCGUAACGACAUCGCCUUCUACGUGGGCGUGGUGGCGUACUUCCUGGCGAUCUUUGCCGUGUGUCUGAUUGUCUUCAUCGUGGUCAUGAUCCAACUCUCUCGGAUCAAGAGGCAGAACCCUCAGAACCAGGCUCCGAACAGAGGGCUGAUGACGGACGUGCGCAGCGUCAGCGGCCUCAUCAUCCUGCUCGGCCUCACCUGGGGCUUCGCUCUGUUCGCCUGGGGGCCGCUCUACCUGCCCUUCGUUUACCUCUUCACCAUAUUCAACUCUCUGCAAGGUUUCUUUGUCUUUGUUUUCCACUGUGCUAUCAAGGAGAACGUCAGGAGGCAGUGGCGGACUUAUCUCUGCUGCGGGAGGCUGCGAUUGGCUGAGAACUCUGAUUGGAGUCGUACGGCCACUCAGAACAACAGGAAUCUGUCGAUGGCCACGGCCUUCACCUCAGCUGCCGCCUCCUCCUCUCAAAGGUCCUCUGUCGUCAGUGAUGUCACCAGUAGCAGUGGGUCUGUGUUUGUAGACAGCGGAAUAUCGGACAGCACCAACAGCGACGUCGUCUUCAACGAGAUCCACAGACGAAACACGUUUUCACGGGGCGAACCCUGAUGGCUGGGUCCCGUUGGGGGGGGGGGGGGGGGGCUUAAAGAAGUUAUCACUGUUACAUGAGAUGAAGGAUUGAAGUUGUAAUGAAGGAUCAAAGGUGUCAGAGAAGAAGUGAGACUGAAGUUCCUGGAGUGGAAAAUUGUUACUUGAUAUCAUUUGUAUAUUGACUGUGGAAAACAGAAAAGAUGAAGGAGGCUUGUUGACAGCGGUCAAUGUACAGAAGGAGGAUUUGUGACUGAAAAUCUGAAUUAUUUCUGCAUCUGUAGAAUUAUUACUGCAAACGUUGAUUCUAUUACAUUAUAUUCAGAUUGUUUUGAUUGUUGUGAGGGUAGUUUGCUCUCUUUCAGUAGAUUUUUAUACCUUUUGGAACAUGAUGGGGAGAAAUGAAGAUAUCUCCAUUGUUCCAUGAACUGUUGCCACUGUAUUUUUUAUAUAUUUGACCCUCUCUCUGAUGAGGGAGGUCUAAAGGCACUUUGAGAAAUACCACAUGCUUUUUUAUCUAAUCUAUAUUUUUUUUAGUAUGUUGAUUUAGACUCGAGAGAUGCACUUUUAUAUGAGAUUGUAUCAGAUAUUUUUUUAAAGAAGUGUAUUGGUUGUGCAGUUUGCUGGAGCAUCAGCAGACAGUGAGGAUUUACAUCCUGCCCUUUUUUUAUCGGGAGCAGAUUUGACUAAAUGUCCUUGUGGGUGAACAUGUGCAUGUCACGAACGAGAAGAUAAUAAACCUUCAAUUUAU